GCGUGUGUGUUUUCAUUCCUCUCUCCGUUCUUCUGCUUGGCUUAGCAAAGCGGCGUUGGCUUUUUUUUUUUUUGAACAGCGAAGCAUUCGACAUUGUUCUUUCAAGAAGGAGAGAAGAUCUGUCUUCGUCGUCGAUUUCGGGAAAAAAAGAAUUAUGGGUUUGUCGAAGAGGGCGGCGUUGUUGGAAGAUUUGAUAGAGAAAUGCGGCGGCUGUGCGGUGGUCGACGGCGGUUUCGCCACCCAGCUCGAGAGCCAUGGCGCCGCCAUUAACGACCCUCUGUGGAGCGCCGUCUGUCUCAUCAGAAAUCCCGAACUCAUCAAGCGGGUUCACUUGGAAUACCUGGAGGCCGGUGCACACAUUCUGGUGACUUCAUCUUACCAGGCCACUAUCCCGGGGUUUCUAUCAAGAGGGUUGUCCAUGGAGGAGAGUGAAUCAUUGUUACAGAAGAGUGUCAAAUUAGCAGUUGAAGCCCGCGAUAGUUUCUGGGACAGAGUUAGCAAAGUUCAUGGGCAUGGCUAUAACAGAGCUCUUGUUGCUGCCUCCAUUGGAAGCUAUGGAGCCUAUCUUGCUGAUGGUUCUGAGUACAGUGGGAACUAUGGAGAAAAGGUGGACUUGCAUAAGCUGAAAGACUUUCAUAGGAGAAGACUUCAAGUUCUUGUAGAUGCAGGUCCUGACAUUAUUGCUUUCGAGACCAUCCCGAACAAACUCGAGGCUCAGGCAUGCGUUGAAGUGAUGGAGGAAGAGAAUGUACAGAUACCCGCAUGGAUAUGCUUCAGCUCGGUGGACGGUGAGAAUGCUCCAUCUGGAGAGAGCUUCGAGGAAUGUCUCAAACCUCUCAAUAAAAGUGACAAUGUAUAUGCAGUUGGCAUAAAUUGUUCCCCUCCCCAAUUUAUCGAAAAUCUCAUACUCAGAUUCUCCAAGUCGACCACGAAAGCUAUCAUUGUUUACCCGAACAGCGGGGAGGUAUGGGAUGGGAGAGCCAAAAGAUGGCUGCCAUCGAAAUGUUUUGGCGAUGAUAAAUUCGAGAUUUUUGCGACGAAAUGGCGCGAUCUUGGAGCUAAACUCAUCGGAGGAUGUUGCAGGACAACACCUUCCACCAUUGAAGCCGUUUCAAAGGUUCUGAAACGAAGAUGAGUUUCUGCUAUUGGGACAAGAACUUGUAUGGAGCGGAGUUCCACUCUCUAGGUCACUAGGUUUUGUUUUCUUGCUCCUCACGUUACCGGUGUUCUUGGGCCAUUGAAUAGAAGAACAUUUGUAUUUCUAAGUUGUGAGAUUUGGGCUUGCAUGUAAAAAGCCCAUAAUGUUUACUACUUUAUAGUAAAGCCCAAGAUAUAUGGGCCUUAUUUAAUAUAUGUAUUUAAAAUAAAUUUAAUAUAAUUAAAUUAAAUUA